AUGUGUCUUCCAACAUCCCGUCCCCGCCAGCUCGACGAGGAGGCACAGUCCUUGGGUCUGCAGUACGGCCAGGUUCACGGCGUUCCUAUCCGCAUCGUUGAAGUCGAAGGCUCUGGACCCGUAGCGUCGCUCAGUCCCUCCCAAGCGCCUCGCGAUUUGCUCUGCGAAACACCGUCGUGCGGGACACCACCUCUCUGUGAACCUCGCUGUCACUCUCCGCCACGCCUCCAGCGUGCCGGCGCCGCCCAGCCCCAGCGCUGCGACGCAGAAUCAACCCUUCCAGGCCACGAGGGGCUUCGCACGACUGUGUUUUUCAUCCACGGUCUCGGAGGACGUGCGGGGCAAUUUCGCCACCAAAUUCACUUCCUCGCGCAAAGAGGAUGUCGCUGUAUUGCAGUCGAUCUGCCUGGUCAUGGAGAGAGCCCAGUGGGCGGCUUUGACCGCGGCAUGGUCUCUCUGGACAGAACGAGGGAAAUCGUCAAGGCGAUCUUUGACGCGAUGAGUGACACAAGGACCAUAGAACGAAGCAGCCCUGUUAGCACGGGAAGCGCAGCUGCAGAAGUUCUCGACGCUACGCCGGAGAGGGAGCGGGGGCCGACAGGCGCGGAACUUCAUCUUGAAACACCGGGAGAUUGUACAAGAUCCUCGUCUUUACCUGGCGGAUGGCAUGGGGAACCGAAUGGACGACUGGCAAGCAAGAACGACGGAGAACCGCAUGGAGAAGACAAAUCAGGUGUACGAGAAGUCAGCAAACCCCGCCGGCGUGCUGUGCUGAUAGGGCAUUCUCUGGGAGCGCUCUAUGCACUGACGCUGUUUGCAGACCUUGCAAAGGAGGGGAGGAGCGCUGAGGUCAGUGGCAUCGUUCUGAUAGGAGCUCUGGCGGCGUAUCCUCACACGCGCGUUCAGCAUCUCCUGCCGUGCAUGCCUGCCGUGAUCCUUGAAUUGCUCCGAGGCCUCAUCAAACGUCAAGUACAACGGCAACUUUUUCACCCCUCCACGCUGCUACAGAACGCCCGGCUGGUGCGCGCCGAAGACAGUGUUACGCGAAACAAUCCCAUGUCUGUUAUUCUCUCCAUCCUUAGAGACUUGCAAACGAGCCGACCUAGUGAAUUCAUCGAGGAAGGUAUUCGAGCCUAUCACGAAGCUACUCAACGGCCUUCGAUUCUGUUGCUGACGGGAGAAGAAGAUGUUGUGUGCCCAAUGAAGGACAACGCGAUGGUUCUGAAGAGAGAAUUCCUUGGCCUCACAUGCGCAAAUGUGAAGCAGCGAACCCACGGCGCUGAAGAAAUACGCGGGGCACAGAAACAUGCGGAAACGAGCAAAGGCGCCAUUCCUCACUCUGGCGCGGAUCACACAAUGCUAUCGGAGAUAACUGUUGCGCAUGCGCCAGAAGAAACAAGACAUGCGUCCAAAGGCGGACAGAGUUUGGGGCCCAACGACGCGACGCAGGGCAGUGCAUCUCAACAGCCUCAUGCAACUGAAAAGGGGAAGGCGACUCGCCCAGCGGUUGAGGUAGAAGUUGUUCCAUGCACGGGGCACAACUGCAUGCUCGAAGACCCGUAUACGACAAAUCGUAUCAUCUGGGAUUUCGUCAAGAAAGCUACACGAAAUGUGCGUGCAACUAACGUAAGCAACUUGUAA